GUCAAGAGGGUCCUCUCUUUCCACCUCCCCGGCCCCGUCGAGCCCAACUCGGUGUACACGGAGCAAUGGAACGAAGAGGAGUGCACGUGCACGCUCACCUUCCCGAUCACGCCACCGGCGCCGCCGGACCCCGGAGAGUACCUCAGCUCCGGACCUGGUGGGAGCGUGCCUCUCGCCGCCGCAGCCGCAAUUGAGGAGCCGUCUGGGUGCGGCGCCGGUGUGGGCUCAGGCGUGCAUGGCAGCAGCGCAAGCGCAUUGGAGGGCUCCGACCAGGUGCUCGAGUACUUCAAGCAGUUUGGCGACCACUCGGAGGCAGGCUGCGCCAUCGCCCAGUGCCACGAGGCGAUGGCGGCGAGCGGUGUCUCGCUCGAGCAGAUCCGGAACCAGGUGAACCAGCUCGUGAGCGACGGGCACCUCUACUCGACCAUCGACGACGACCACUACAAGGCGAUCUAG